UAAAAUGCUAACAGAAACAGAAACUUCUGCCCUGAGAUUGUACCCACCUGCUGGCCACUUGGCCCCACGGAGAGCAGAGGAAGAGGACGAUGGGCUGCCUGGGGAUCCUGCUGCUGCUUUGCCUCACCUUCCUCCUUCAGGAGACCCCUCCAUCUGCUCAGGCGGAGGAGCUGUACUUCCCACGGUCUUCGUCUGGCCUGAGGCGGCAAAAGAGAGACUGGGUCAUCCCGCCGAUUAUUUGCUGGGAGAAUGAGAGGGGCCCUUUCCCCAAGAAGCUGGUGGCGAUCAAGUCCAGCAAAGAGAAAGAGGACACCGUCUACUACAGCAUCACUGGGCAGGGGGCCGAUAUCCCUCCAGUCGGCACCUUCACCAUCGAGAGGGAGACCGGCUGGCUGAUGGUGACUCGCCCGCUGGACAGGGAGACGAUUCCCCGCUACCAGCUCUUUUGCCAUGCGGUGUUGGCCAAUGGCCAGACGGCAGAGGACCCCAUGGAGGUGAUCAUCAACAUUAGUGACCAGAAUGACAACCGUCCCAUCUUCACGCAGAGCGUCUUCCGAGGGUCCGUGGAAGAGGGAGCGAAGCCAGGAAUGUCGGUGAUGACAGUGACGGCCACGGAUGCAGACGAUGCCGUAGACUCCUAUAAUGGGGUCGUCACUUACUCCAUCCUCAGCCAGGAACCGGAGCCAGACAGACGGAUGUUUACCAUCAAUAACGGAACUGGCCUGAUCAGCGUGGUUGUGUCAGGUCUGGACCGAGAGAAAGCCCCCAAGUACACCCUGAUUGUGCAAGCUGCGGAUAUGAUGGGCCAGGGCCUUUCCACCACUGCAACCGCAGUGAUCCAGGUUGCCAGUCCCAGCGAGGGCCACCACACAUCCCUGAGCGUCCAUGCACUGAACGUGCUCACUGGCCUUCCUGCCACCGGCCUGGCCGUCCACCUCUCUCGGCUCCCAGCCCCCAACCAGGCCUGGAUGGAACUAAUGACCAGCGCAACCAGCACGGACGGGCGCAUGGAUAGGAGCCAGUUGGCCUCCCUGCCGCUGGAAAGUGGCACCUACAAGCUGCGCUUUGCCACCGGAGAGUACUGGCAGCAACAGGGCCUCACCAGCUUCUACCCUUACGUGGAAGUGGUCUUCACCCUCACGGGGGCCGAAGAAAAGGUGCACAUCCCGCUGCUGCUCAGCCCCUAUUCCUACGUGACCUACCGGGGGAACUAGUGCGAGAGGCGCGGCUUCCCUCCGGAGGGCUGCUUUGGGAUCCGGGACCGCCCCCGAGGCCAGCUGUGAGGCCGGCUCAGGCUGUCCUCUGAGGAAACCCAAGACUAAUAAAGGAUCUACCUUGAA